GUCUUUGUGCUAACCAUUCAUUCUUGUGGUCAUUAUCACUGAUUAGUUCCAGUCAUAAACGAGACAAUUGUUGUGUCCAGUGAUAGCCCACCGCCUCAUACCUCCAGACAAUUACCCUCUGAUGGCAAACAUGUCUUAUUUCGACCGAAUGGUGAACCUGUUCCGCAAGAAUAUCAACGAUUACCCGCCCUUUCAAGUGGUGGAAGUGAAACACGAAGACUACGUCCACUAUCAGGUGAUCGCCAGAGAGGAUCCCAUAUUCUGCUACUCCAACGCCACCACCGCUACCGACAUCUCCUACGAGAUUGUCGUCUUCAAAGAUCUUCAGAGCAAAACUGCUUACAGUCUAAUCCGAUGUAAAGUGCGGACAGAAAUCGACAAAUUCUUCAAAAGUAUUAGCGAAAUAUUGCCACAAAUACUACUGAUAUGUCCGAACACUAUAACCACGGAAUUCCUGCAGGAGUUCUCCAACUAUAUCAGAGAACACCUGAACCAGAGUUUGGUCCACAUUUCCGCCUACUUUGGGCUCAACGAGUACUUCCGGCAAUUGUCUGCCGCCGACACCGAGAUAAUCAACUCCCAGUGUCCGGACACCGGCCUAACACCCCUUCACAUCGCCGUUAGGACCGGCCGAUUAGCUACCGUUCAAACCCUAUUGACAUUAUCACCAAAAUUAGAUCUCGUGGACAAUGAGAACAAUAAUGUGCUGCACUUCGCGGCCAACACUACGAAAGAGAUAAUCAACAAAAUCUGUCAAAGCGUUCAAAACAACACAAAUGCCAUUAAUUUGGAGGUUUUGGUGAAUUCGCGCAAUCGGGACAACUUCCCGCCCCUAUACCUGGCCUGUCAUAACGAUAAGCCCGACUGUAUCAUAGAACUGCUGAAGAACGGGGCCAACCCUAACGGCGCGGCCAUAGGCGACGGUUCGACACCCGGGCGCCAGGAGUUAGACAAUAAUAAAUCGGUUUUUGAUUCGCUCGAAACGAAAGACAUGAAAAACGGCGGAACACCGUUGCACUGGACUAAUACACCCCAAUGUAUGGAACUCCUGAUAGAACAGGGCUGUCAUGUGGACGCCCGUAACUUUCAGGGCGAGACAGUGCUGCACCUGAUGGUGAACCGGAACAAACUUGCCUGUGUUAUAACAUUGCUCAGCUAUGGGGCCGAUGUGUGCGCUAAGGGUCCCAAUGGUAACACACCGUUGCAUUUGGCGGUGAAGGCCGGACAGGUGGCUCUCGUCCAGGCGAUGAUAGUGUUCGGCGCCGACAUGAAUGUGCAGAACUCGAGCGGCGAAACGCCCCGACAUUUGGCGGCGUCCGCCAAACGGAGCUCCCAAAUGGACCUAAUAUUAUAUGUGUUGCAUUCGGUGGGCGCCAAACGGUGUACGACUAACCGCAGUAACUGUACGGACGGGUGUUCGCAGUCCAACGGCAGCCACUUUAACGGCAUUCCCCCCGAGAACUCGCCGUUUAAACGAAGCGUCAAACUAUACGACGAACUGAUGGGCGAAUCGGUGGUCAAAGAGGCCGUCAAUAAGCGAAAGACUCAGGAAAUGGAAGUGGACUUCGAUACCGAACCCCCCAAACGGUGUCGUGUGUUGAGUCUGGACGGGGGCGGUGUUCGCGGACUCAUUCUCAUACAAAUGCUGUGGGUUUUGGAGAAAAUAACGAACAAAAAGUCGUCCGAAUAUUUUGACUGGAUGUCCGGCACCAGCACUGGCGGUAUAUUAGCUCUAUUGCUGGCCACCGGCAACUCAGCCGCUGAUUGUCGUAAACUAUACUUCAAACUGAAGGAUAAAGUAUUUGUUGGUCUAAUCCGUCCGUACGAAUCGGAACCGUUGGAGAAGUUCUUGCAAAACGCGUUGGGAGAGGACACCCGUAUGGGUGACAUCAAAGCGCCCCGUAUUAUGGUCACAGCCACAGUGGCCGACAGAUUCCCACCCGAUCUGCAACUGUUCCGUAACUACGACUCACCCAAUGAAGUGUUGGGUUUCGUGAACCGAGUGGAACCGGUCGCUGAUAUGCCUAAACCACAGGAGCAGCUCAUCUGGAAGACCGCCCGUUCGUCGGGUGCGGCGCCAACUUAUUUCCGUCCGUGCGGUGCAUUCCUCGACGGAGGUCUUAUAUCUAAUAAUCCAACAUUAGAUACAUUGUCUGAAAUCCAUGCACUCAAUAAAGCCCUUAAAGUUGCCAAUAGAGAGAAUGAAGAAUUGCAUUUAGAUUUAGUGGUGUCGUUGGGAACGGGAGCCAUACCUAUAAAGACGGUGCAGGUCAUAGACAUCGCGCGACCCGACUCUUUCAUGGGUAGGCAUUACGGUGUUGUCAACAGAGUUCACAAUUUUGUUAUACUCUUAGGUGUGACGAAGACAUUGUUCUCGACCUCAUCUCUAAUCCAAUUACUGAUAGAACAGGCGGCUCAGGCGGAUGGACAGGUGGUUGAACGAGCGAAGGCCUGGUGCUCUCAAAUCAAUAUUCCUUUUUUCCGGCUCAACCCUCCCCUCUCGGACGACAUACCCCUCAAUGAGACCGAUAAUCAUAAGUUAGUGAAUAUGUUGUGGGAGACGACCGCUUAUAUGUAUAGCCGUCAGAAAGAAUUUUUUGUACCGUGGUGUACACACGAGAACAGGAAGAAUAUGGGCCGACGAUCGAUAAAUACCACCAAAAGUGGUAAAUACAUGAAUCCGACGGAUCAGCACAGGAAAGAGGCCCGAAAGCGGGAACUCCGGAAGAACAAGAAGCAGCGACUGAUCGUCCGGACGGCGGUUCUUAAGGGCAAAGAUCCGUAUCAGAUAAUCGCAGACAUGGAACGACUGGAUCAGAUGGAGUACAACGUAUCCACUCCUCCGCCGCUCAACGAGAAGGUCCUCAAAGACAAGAGACGGAAGAUGAAGGAGACGUGGGAUCGGCUCUUAAGGCUAUACAACAAAGAGGAUCACCAGAGGUUUCUGGAGCUGAAGCGCAUGGAAGUGGAGUACGAGUCCAAACGCAACCAAAUGAUCAAAUUCUUUGAAUCAGUCAAAUCGGCUCAAGAGGUGACCAUCGAUGACAUACCGUUGCCAUCGGCAGCGCCAACGGAUCCUAAUAUGCCGACCGCCGGCUCAUCGAUGCCAUCCUUUCUCAGCGAUCACUCCAUUCCUCAGUCAAUACUAAAGCGACAAACCGUGUCCUCCAAGACAAUAGGCCCGCAUAGAGCACCCCCUGGAGUACCUCCCGGUCCACCGCCUGUGUUGAGUGACUUAGAAGACGAUUUGGACGACGAAGAGGACAGCGAAGGCGAUGAGAAAGAUAAGAGCAAACGGAUCCGUUUCAGUGAAGACUUACAAACGGGUGAAAAGGACGCCGACGUCAAUGAGUUUCUCAAAGAGUUGGAACAAAUGGAGAAAACAGUUCCCAACAGUGAUCAUAAUGUGUCGCAAACUAUACAAUCCAUACAAUCAUUACCGGCUGCCAUCGCAUCCCAGCCCACGCCCACCGCCGCUGCCUCAGCGCCACCCUCUCUGAACGCAGUGCCACCGCCGCCAUCGUUGCAGACAAACCUGAGGCCAUCUGGUCCGCCGCCACCGAUGAUGAUGUUUAGGCCACCGGUGCCGCCAUCGGGUUUACGACCCGGAUCUCAGCCUCAGAAUAUUCCCGGACUAAUGGUAGGCCGACCGCCAAUAUCGGGACCCCCGCCUAUGUCUGGUCCACCGCCACCCAUGGGUCCAAUGAGGCCGGGAGUGCCACCGCACCACCGUAUGAUCAACGCUCGACCAAUGAUGCAACCAAUGAGACCAAUGGGUCCGGGAUUCCCGUCCACAGCCGGCCCUCCAAUGGGCGGCAAACGGGACGAUAAGAAGACACACGUGGUGUCGGACAGGGCCACCAUCGAGGCUAAGCCGCAGCUCAGGAAUCUGAGCGCCGACGCCACCCGUUUCACACCCGUAGCCCUUCGGGUGAAACGCGAUGAUAAGGGCGUCAAGAGAUCGGUUCAUAAAUCAGGUUUUGAUGACAUGAAGAGGUACUCGAGUGUCGGCGACAGCGCCGGCGGUCUGAACGCACCGACAAAAGGCGACGCUUACGACCAGUUCAUGAAAGAGAUGGAGAAUCUGUUGUAAAAUAAUGUGAC